AAGAGUUUGCUUUAAGAUUGCAGGGAUGGCGGGGGCUCUCGGCGGGAUGUUCUCCGGGCAGCCACCCGGUCCCCCGCCGCCCCCGCCGGGGCUCCCGGGCCAGGCGUCGCUUCUGCAGGCAGCGCCUGGGGCUUCGAGAUCGUCCAACAGCACUUUGAUGGACGAGUUGGAGUCGUCAUUCGAGGCUUGCUUUGCUUCCCUUGUGAGUCAGGAUUACGUCAAUGGAACUGAUCAGGAAGAAAUUCGAACUGGUGUUGAUCAGUGUAUUCAGAAGUUUUUGGACAUUGCAAGACAGACAGAAUGUUUUUUCUUACAAAAAAGGUUGCAAUUGUCUGUCCAGAAACCGGAUCAAGUUAUCAAAGAGGAUGUCUCCGAGCUAAGGAGUGAACUGCAGCGGAAAGAUGCGCUGGUCCAGAAGCACUUGACAAAACUGAGGCAUUGGCAGCAGGUGCUGGACGACAUCAAUGUGCAGCACAAGAAGCCGGCCGAAAUGCCACAGGGCUCCUUGGCCUUCCUUGAGCAAGCAUCUGCCAAUAUUCCUGCACCCCUGAAGCAGACCUGAAAGCACGCUGGACUGCCAUGCAGCCUUGUGAUCCUGCCAGGCAUCUUUCCUUCUAGACAUGCUGUAUUGGAGGAACUCUGUGGGGUAGUGCCAUGGUGUUAGUUUAUGUUCUGCCCAUUUACAGGACAGAAUGUAAGUAGGAAGCCCAGGCUGACCUUGAACCUACAAUUCCCCUGCCUCAGCUUCUCUAGUUCUCUUACUUUAUAAAAUACCUGAAGCAUUGAUAAACCAAGUAAAGUUCGUUGGUUUGCUUUUUAAUUCUUUAGGGAAGUUUGGACUGUGGGGGUGAUCACACACAUUCUCACGUGGCCUUUGCCAUUUGUUUUGACAUUUGUCAUUUUGUGCCUUCAUCUCUUUGGUUUAUUUUAGUUGUGAAUUUGGUACAACCUGAAGGAAAAGAUUUUUAAUAGUUUGAGAAGCCAGGGAAUAUAGAGUUUGGUGUCAGCCUUAACAACCACCCAUGGUAGUAUAGGCAGAUCUGUAGAUUUGCUGUUUCAAAACUUUGAACUACCUUACGAGGAAUCUGACUCAACAAUGCCAUGUUUCCAGAGGGGCACAGGGUGAGCAUAUUUUGCGUGUGUGUCAAAAGUGGUUAAAAUAUGCUGCCACUGGCAUAUUUUAUUACAGGAGGAUGCUUACCUUAAUGUUGGAUUUUAUCUGGGGUAAGCUGCGUUUUCUGGGUCCUUUUUCAUUGUCUUGAAGGCACACACAUCAGGAGCAUGUGCUGAGUGCUCUGGGCUGUGCAGUGAUGGUCAGUGUAAGGAAUGGAGUCGCAGGAAGGCACAGGUGAGGUCUGAGGGCCAAAGGCUGGCUUGGAUUGUCUGAGUUUUACAUGCUUGUUAUUUAUUUUUUUCAGAGUAGAGUACUUCUCUUUACUCAAAACAAAAUAUUCUAUACCUUGUGAACAGUCAGUGCAUCUCCAGCUUGUUUUUGAUUUUGCCCAUUUUGUUUUCUGGAGCCUUGAAUCCCUGGGCACAAGCAUUGACGUCCACUCCCUGCCUAGUCUGGGGCAGCCAUCUGGUCCGUGAAGCUUCUGAAUGCCCUUCAUUGCAUCCCAGGACAUAGCCUUUUUGUUUUUCAACUUUAGUUCUCCAUAUGCAUUAUAAAUUGGGGCUAUCUCUGUGUUACUUGCUCUGCAGUAUGCCUGUGAGAAUUAGGCAUCUUCUUGAUUAUGCAGUAUUUUACUAUUUUCAUGUGCGUGCUUGGUUGAAUGAUAUUUAGCACAUGGACCAAUGAGAACCAGCCCGAGGCCAUCAAGUCCCCUUAAUUAAAAUGUAUAAGUUAAACAGUGUUAAAAAAUUUAGGGUGGGCAUGGUGGCGUGUUUGCAAUCUAGCAUUUGGGAGGCAGAGCAAGGAGGAUCAGAGUUUAAUGCUAUCUUCAACUACAUAGCAAGUUUUGAGGCUGUUGUAGGCGACAUGAAAUCCUGUUUCACAAACCCCCACGGUUGGGGAGUGGGCAUCCACUUUAUGAAGCACUGACCAUCAGGUUUACAUUUUGUGGAUUUCUUGGCUAAAACCUAAAUAAACUGAUGACAUUUUGGUUGGUGUUUCAAUAAUAAAGGUGA